UCUCUCUCUUUCUGUACCUCUCUCUAUCUCUUUCUGUACCUCUCUCUAUAUAUCUCUUUCUGUACCUGUCUGUGUCUCUCUCUCUUUCUGUACCUCUCUCUCUCUCUGUGUACCUCUCUCUCACACACUCACUCUCUGUAUCUCUCUCUCCCUCUCUCUUUCUGUGCCUUUCUCUCUGUGUCUCUCUCUGUAUAACUCUCUCUCACUUUUUCUGUGUGCCCCUCUCUCUCACUCUCUCUUUCUGUACCUCUCUCUCUUGCCUUGAUCAGCUUUUUAUUGGUAAGGCUGGAAGUGACUGAGCAGAGGAGUUGGAGCUUUUUUUGACAGCCUUAGAUUUGCAUCUGGCUGUGUAAACAUCCGAUCCUGCCUGUGCCCAGAGGAGUACUGAAGCUGGUUUAAACGUGCAGGAGGCCUCGUCUGAUUUCUGGAACAGUCAGUGUCCAGAUUCCACUGCAGGGGACUGCAAAGUGCAUAUCUCUACAGAGUGUAGAAUCUCCCCAGAGCAGGCAUGGUCCAGUGUAAGGCCUGGAUCCUGAGGGGGCUUCUGGCUCUGCUGUGGGUAUUACCAGCGUGGACGAAUACAAUGUCAGAGAGAUGCACAGCUCUACACACCGUUAAAGAUCAGCUCAACCUCACCCUAAGAAGACGAUACUUGAAGCAGAACUUCCCCAUUAACUACACCAUUCAAGUGCCUUAUGAGGAGGUCUUCAGGCUGCACAACAUCAGCAAGCUGAAUAAAACUGAAGAAAAUGUGCAAGUGGAGCAUCUGCAGCACCUGUGGCUCAUAGUGGCAAAGGCAGGCAUAAAGAGGAUUUUGAGGGUUCUACCCGAGAGACAUCCAACACGAAAGAGAUACCUCACUCAACUGGAGAACCUUUUCAGACUCUAUGAGCAACGUUUUGGCACAGGGAUCUCUGAAGAAGAUGAUUACCCAGAUAUCAUAAACGACAUCUUGGAACGCAUUGGCAACCAGAACUUUGAGCGAUGGAGAUCCGUCACCCCUAAAUCUUUAAUAGACAACUGCUAUCGAACCAUGCACUGCCUAUUCAAAGAGUGCUUCUCAACUGAGGGGGACAACUACGACUACUGUGAUCUCUACCACUGGAGAAAAAGGAAGGGAACAACGCCUCAGCCGACUUGAGCAGACCUGCUUGCACGUGCCUGUGCUUGUGUAUUAAUAUUUUAUGUUUGUUUGUUUGUUCGUUUUUGGGUGUGUCCUCCUUGAUCUGCGGUGGUAUGCACGACGUGCUUUUGUCCUGCUCCUCGCUGUGAUGAUUCCAAACCAUCCCUGAAAGAGGAUUCUGUAUCAAAAGACAUGCAAAGGUCGCAAGCACCCACUUUGUUUCCUCUAGACUUACAGAGCAGCUACUGUCUACAUACAAACCAUCCAUCCACCCAUUCUUCUAACAGUGCUUUCCAAGAAGAAAAGAGAUUUUUUUUUUCCUGCUUCUUAAGCAUAUGAUCCAAAUGUGAGCACAGAUCCAUGUGUCCACUCAGGAGGAGAGCAGCUAGGAGCUUUCUGCUAUAGCGUAUUCUAUUUGUAAUUAGAAUCAUUCAUGUCUAUGGCUAACUUACUCCACUAUUUUCAUUGCCUCCAAAAGGGCCUCAAUGGGUUCCUUAAUGUUGCUCUUGAUGCUGUAUGCCAAAACCAGUAUAUAAUCUUUACUGUGCAUGUGUGUCUGUGAUAUUGUACCUGUAAUGUAAGUGAGUGUUUUAUAGGUUUCUUUUCUAUAUGUAUAAAUUGCAUGCAGAUGUUCUGCUGACUGCUGGCUUAGUCAGCAAAUUCCUCUAUACUUACAGCCUUUUCUGUGCGCUUUGAUGUAGGCUCACCGCUAAAGUCAAUUUGUGCCAGAAUGAUGUUUAAGUGUCUUCAGAAAAAGUAUUUUUUAAAGGGAGAAAGAUUUUAGUUUUAUGUUUUAUACGUUUUAUAUGAGUUAUUUAUUUGGAGACGUCUAAAGAAUGUUCUGGUAACGUAUCAUGUUGUAAUGAAAGAGAAGAUAAAAUAAUAA